ACAGAAUAACAAGCUGAGACAAGGAGAGCAAGAGCUGGAGAUCGAGCAAAAUUAAAAGCAGGAGCGGCAAAGUGGAGAUGGAGAGAAAGAGAAAGCGUCCCGAGUGUUUUAAUUGAAGCUGACAGAAUGAAAAAAAAGAGCAGAUUGGAGGCUCUGAAAGAGGAGGAGAAAAACACAAAAAAAUGGGAGUGGAGAAGAGGCUGAGGGGGAGAGAGCGGCGCAGAGGAGAGAGGAGAGACGGAGCUGACAGAGGAAGAGAGAGCGGAGAGAUAUGAGGAGAACUGAAGAGGAAGAAAGAGAAGAGAAGACGGGGGGAACUUAAUUCACCGGUCGGUUUCAAGCUUCUCUGACGUUGCGGUGAAACCCUCGGGAGCUGCUGCUGCGGCUGCUUCUUCAAGACUGAACGCUAUCAGGACCAAACAGGCAGCUGCCAAACCCACUGACACACACACACACACACACAAACACACACACACACACACACACACACACACACAAAGCUGUGUUGGAUAUGACUCGUCCGCUCAGGCAGUUUCGUGUGUUGGACUUGGACUGACAGUUAGGAAUAACAGGUUCCCCGUCCUGCCAGUGUGUUGCGUGAAGAUGAAGUGACGGUGACGGCAACUUCACAGCUUGGAUGUUUCCAUCAGAUGUAACAGAACAACAAAGAUGUCGGUGAAGCUGAGAUUCGACUCUCCUUCAGACGGAGGCCUGGUUCACAGAAGCCGCUCGUUCACUGGGUUCAGCUCUCUGACCGGUCGUCAACGGCCGUCUUCAGUCCGUAACUCUCUUCGCUCCAAAGCCAUGGCAGGAGGCAAGUCUCCCAGGGUGCAACUCUCCCCCCGUAGAGCGUCCGCAGCUAUCUGGUCUCUGCAGCCGGACCAGGUGGACAGAGUCUUCCAGGCGUUACGCAAAGGACUCAAGGAGUAUCUGGACGGUCACCAGGCAGAGAUGGACUUCCUGUCCUCGCAGCAGAGAGAGACCAAGAGAAACUCCAGACUGGCCUUUCUCUAUGAUCUGGAGAAGGAGAUGAGAGCGUUGGAGAGAUACAUACGAAGACUAGAAUUUCAGAUCAGCAAGGUGGAGGAGCUGUACGAGACGUACUGCAUUCAGUGGAGGUUGUGUCAGGGGGCGGUCAACAUGAAGAGAGCCUUCUCCCUGUCCCCGUCCACCAGAGCCUCCAGAGAGAGUCUGCUGGAGCUCACCCGCAAUCACAGGCACAGUCUGCAGGACAUGUCAACCAUGGAAGGAGAUUUAGAAAUCCUCCUUGGAGAGCUACACAUCAAAAUGAAGGGUCUGAUCGGCUUCGCUCGACUCUGCCCUGGAGACCAGUACGAGGUGGUGGUGCGGUUGGGCCGUCAGCGAUGGAGGAUCAGAGGAAAGAUCGAAUCAGACGACACUCAGUCCUGGGAUGAAGAGGAGAUGGUCUUCCUCCCACACAUACACCACAACUUUGAGAUUAAGGUGACAGAGGCGAAGGGUUUGGGUUGGCUGCUGGUUGGUAUGGUAACGUGUGCCAGCGCAGACUUCUUCGUGGCGAGGCCGCAGCUGAUGUUGGUGGACAUCACGGAGCUGGGAACCAUUAAACUGCAGCUGGAAGUCACCUGGAACCCGUUUGACAGCGCUGAGAAGAUGAGGCCUCUCUCUGUCAGCAAGCAGUCGGUGUCCAGCAGAAAGAGUUCAGUCUACAGCUGGACGGCACCGAGCACCCCGUCCUUCACAGAGAAAUACUUUAUAUCGAUGGUGCGUGAGCUGCAGGAUCAGGAAGGUUCGCUCCCAUCUCUGGUGUCUAAAGGCCGUCACAACAGAGGAGGCGUGUCUCUGCUCAGCUACCUGUCCAACCCUUCGCACACCUCCUUCACGUCCAGCCCUCAUAGCCCUUACACCCCGAGUCUCACGCGGGCUCACAGCUACCCCUCCAGCCACAGUCAAGGCACCAGUCUGGGAGGAAGCCAGACUCAUCUGUCCCUGGGAGAGGAAGGAUCUCUGGAGGAGGAGGAGCAGGACACGAGGAAGAGUAUGGAUGAGAAAGUGGGGGAGGAGAAGUGGGGAGGAGUGUUAGAGAGCCCCUCCUCUCCAGAAGACAGUGAAACCAGUUCCCCUGUGGCCUUACAGAGGUCGAGCACUCCAGACAUCCUCAGGAAGAACACGGCCGGGGAACCAGACCCUGAGACAGAUAUUACAGCCCAGAUUCAGGAAAAUGUGCAGGACUCCCCAGAUUGUGAGGUGGACGGUGCCUCGGCUUCGCCCACGCCCUCCGCUCAGCCUCCAGCUGUGUCCCCUUCCUCCCCCGCGGGAGCUGCCCUGGCUCAGGGAAAGCCGGGGGUGAGCGGUGUCCAGCGCAGGGCCCAGGCCCUCAGGCUGGGAGCCCUGAUCGCAGAGCUGGAGAAAACACUGCAGGACCAGAGCUGCUCGGACAAGGAGCUAAGAGCCCUGGACCACCAGAUACUGCACCUGGCAACCAUACUCAAGAAUGACCUCUCCCUGCUGAGAGGCUCGUCAUCAGAGGAGACUCUGGCCGUUGAGGAAGUCCUGGGCAGCUUUGACUUCCUGUCGCAUGAUUUUAAUGCAGAUGAUGACGCUUCCUGUCUGGGCAGCAUAAGACUAAAAGACAGCGGCAUCAGUUCGUUCCAGCAGAGCACUCUGAGGAGCCUCGGCAUCCUCUCUCAGGACAGCCAGUCAGCUUCUGAGGAAGAGCUGGUCAUCACCCCGCUGACUUCUGGGAACUGGAGUCUAGACCAAGCUCUGGAGACUCACCUGGAUAUCUGUUGCAUCCUGCUACAGAUGAUGAAAGCGACCGACUUCGGCCCCUCUAGGAGGGAGCUGCUGGGGGAAAUGUCUCUGCAAGCUGAAGUCCUGGACAGAGUCAGCUGUCUGCUGCUGGAGAAGAACGACAGCAUCUCCGCACGAGACAUCCUCCCUAAGGCCCAGAGAACGAGGGAUGUGCUGCUGUUCUGGGGGGAGUGUGUAAACGACGGCAGCUCUCCUUUCUGUUGCCACGUCGACAGCUUCUCCAGAACGCUGAGGAAGCGUUACACACACAAGGUGAAGGCCAAGCAGCCCGGGCAGUCAGAGAAAGUGUUUUCUCAGCUCGUGCAGCAGGUCCAGACAUCCUGCCGGGUGCUGCCCUGCUCUCGGCCGGUCUGCAGCCCGGAGAGAGUCACCCUCUUCCAGCUGUCAGUGUAUCUGAAACGCUGGAGCUUCCAGGAGCUGGGAGAGCACAUCUCCCGCCUCUCCAAAGAAGAGUACAUCCUGUCCACCCUGAAGAGCCCCAAACGGAGGCGGGCUUUAAACAAACUACGGGGGCGGAGCAUCUCGGAGCUCCUCCCACUAAGAGAAACCUUGCGGACUCUUGCCGACCUGCAGCUCGAUUCCAACCACAGAGUCUGCAAAGCUGCCUCCAACUGCAUCAGCAGAGCUUCCGGCUACAAGGCCUUCAGGAGCAAGGCAUUGGUUUACUACACAGAGAGUCUGAAAAGCACUGACGUUCACAUCCAGCACGGCUCCUGUUUGGCCCUUAAAUGCCUCAGGGCGGCAGAGAGCGUGGACCACAUAGCAGAUUUAUGGAGAUCAGAGGACGAAGAUCUUCGAAGUGCGGCCAGAGAGACGGUCCUCUCCUUUGGUAAAAAAGGACACCAGGCCUUCCAGAGGAUGGACCAGCUGUACAUUGAGAUGGAGGAGGAAGCUUAUCGUAACAAAGAGACUGAGAUUACCAUUCUAUAGGAGACUAUUGUGGAUUUAUAAUAAACAGAGACCGUGAACACAUCGACUCUCAAGGCCGGAGAAAAAAUUCACGAACCUGAGCCAUCUUACAUUCUGGGAAACCUUGAUUUUCUCAUCAAAGAAGAAUCUGAUUCUUCUGCAACUCUGCAGAUACCAAAGGAAUGAAAGAAUCAGAAUUACUUUAUUGAUCCCAGGGGGAAAUUGCUUAAGCAGAGGAGGAUCCAAUGAUGGUGAUUUUUCUCUGGAAGGAUCUCUCGCUCACUGACGUUCGUCGAUGAUUUUUGCUCCAAGGCUCCGAUAUUUGCUUCGUCCUGCAUUAUGAGAACUUGAAUUUAUUUGCGUCAGCUAUCUGGAGCUUUGUUUAAAGGAGAUCUGCCGCAGUACCACUUAUUAUUUAACCUCAUAAGACGAUCUUGUGCAGCAGUCAGCAACCAGUCGGCAUUGUUGUUUUAUUUGAGAAAUGAAGGAUAUAUAUGUUACAUAAUUAUUAUUAUUUUACAUGCCGCUGCAGUGUGGUUAAGAGAAACAAUGAGGAGCAAAUUAUGAAUAUGAGGAUUCGUGUUUCUUUUAGUUUGAAUUUUUGUUUCAACAAUAGUUUGAAUAAAUCCAAAAUGGCUUCUGAAAUAUUUCCAGAAAGCAGCCAAAAUGUCAAAGGGUUGUAGUCCAAACCGCUUUGGGAAUCGUCAUUUAAGAGAUCUUCUUAUUGUGUUAAGCUGUUGUUGUGUGGGAAAAAGUGGAAAGUGGAGCAUCUGUGUGUUCGUGGCUGACGAGAGUGUGGAUUGCCAGGGUUGAUAUUUGCAGUACAUACAGUAUGUGCAUAGUUUUACUUUGAAAGAGGUAACAAUCAAUAUGCAAUGCAACAGGGGUCUUCAAUGUUUUUCGGGCCAACGACCCCAAAAAUUAGAGAGAUUAAGUAGGGACCCCCUACCUACUCUAUGUUCUUCUAUAAUAAACUCGGCCUAGUGCUACUUAUAAAUAUACAUUAUAAUCAUCAUUUUGCAUUCAAUAUUAUGCUAUUCAAAUAAUGCACAGGUCCAAAUAUUCAAUUUUUAUUUCAAACAUGUGCAACAGUAGGGUGACCGUGUCGGAAAAUUGUGGGGGAAAUUAAAAAAAAAAAAAAAAAAAAAAAAUGUCUAAUCAACCAAAUAUUUUGUGACCCUCCUGGAGCCCUACGCAAUACAAAGUAUAGCCAUUUUAUCACUUUAUUUUAUAGGACGAGGUCACUAUAUUACCCACAAUGGUGCACUAGUGCAUGACAUGAUGGUUUUAAUGCAGGAAACACAAAUGAUCCAGUCUGAUUUGACCAUAAGGAAACCUUCACGUUAAACAAAUAUGCAUGAGUGAAGAAAGAGGGAAAAAAGAAGUAAAUGAAUUACGAAUUAAAAGCAAGGUAUCUUAUGUCCUUCAAAACAACAAUAAAUCUGAUUUUUAGACAGCAAGUUCAGUUCAAAUAUCAGUUUAUUCAUUUUCACAAAACUUAAAAAAAGAAAAAGAAAAGUAUUUAAAAACUCUCCUGUGCCAGUUUUUCUGGCUAAAUUGGUGACCCUAACCCUUUAACAACAAAUCGUGCAAACUCUGCAACAGGACUCCCUGCUAUAAAUCAUACAUCAAAUCAAAGUUAAAAUGUGAAAUAACUGAGGUCUUUAAGAAUUAAAAUAAGAGUCGUUGCAAUGUAAAACCAACAGACUUAAGUUCACAUUAUGGUGAGAUUUAUUUCCCAGUUACCGUCUUGUUUUUAGAGCAAUCGCGUCUUAAAGCUGCUGCUGCUACUUGUGUCCAGGGCCGCUGCGAAGACGAGACGAAGCUGCAGGUUUGGUUUAUUGGAAGUGUAUGAAUGUAUGGACGGGUGUGGAUAUUGUGGUCAUAUUGUUUUUAUCAGAGUUUCCAUCAAGGGUGCUUUCUUCAAACUGCAAACAAGAUCUCAAAAAGAUGAGCACUCAGCAUCAGUUUAAGUCUUAAGCCUCAAUCAAAGGACUUAAAGUCAGGAUAAUCUGUGUGGGCGACGUCUGGAAGAUGAAGAGAUUUUAUAAAUAACUUGAAAUCAUGUUAAUUGUGAUAAUAAAAUGAGUUUGUAUCAUUAAAAUGUUUUAGCCAAUAUUCUGAUAUCAUUCUCUCCUUUUCAAUCUACUCUACUGCGAUCGCAGAAACAGAGACGGGUGCCGCCCUCUGUUGGCCGAUCAGGUGAACUGACAUCUGAGAAGUUCCCUGAACUGAGGAUGCUUUCACUCACCACAGAGUAGAUUUGGCUGCGGUUAAAAUGACCUGCGACAUCCAUUACUGGGAUAUUUAAGGACUGUUUGUGAGGUCAAUAAAAUGUCCUGGGAAGAUUUUUUUUUUUUUUUUUUUUUAAAUCUAAAAAGCCUCAUGAUAACUCUUUCAUCACAAAUGUAAGAAUUAAAUCAACAUUUUCAGCAUACCAAGGCUCUCAUGGUGGAAACCAUGUCACGAAUCAGCUCCACCGCGCCAUUAAAAUCUCAUUACAGUGUUCAAAUGUAGAGCAGCACGGGAAGAAAAUGUAAGUGUUUUUUUUUUGUUUGUUUUUUUCUAAAUAAUCAGAUGCUGAGUCAGAUUAGCCCAUAAAACCUAAAAAUGUUGCAUAUCAACAAGAACCAGAGCCAGGUCUUAACUGGGUUCUCUGCAUGUUCUGGUGUAGCCUCCUCCUGCACGAACAGGUGGUUCAGGAUUUGAACUUUAAGAGGAAACAUUUCAACAUGUCAACAUUCUUAGUUUUGACUGUGAAACUCUCGGAGUUAAAGACCGAACACCAAUAAUCUGCUCGUCUUUGGGAGUUUUUCCAGCUGCGGUAUCGAGAAAUGUUUUGGAAGAAGAAAGUAAUGAAGGGAUAUAAGCAACAUCAGCUGUGUUGGAACGGUAACGUUUGCUAAUUUGCACUAAACUCAAAGGACCUGAGGCUGAUGAGAGACGUAGUUGUGCAAAUAUUUGGUACAAAAGCUGGACUAAAAGUUACACAAAGUUGCUACCAGUCACCCUGAGAGGUACGUGAGUGAAAAUCAAUUCAAUUUCUACCCAAAUCAAAGUCCUUCAUGUGUGACUGACAAUAUCUUAGUAAAACUAAUACAUGUUUAAAUUUUAGGCAACGGAAAUAAUGGUUAAAUAAAAUAAAAUAAAACCAAUAAAACGUGUUUUAAAGAAAUAAUUUAAACCUAUAUAAACCUUUUUAGAUAGCAGGGUGAGAUCUAAGCUUGCAGGGGAUGUUAUUUUUUGUUGUUGUUCCUGGACUGUUUUUGUGUGAUCUGGUCUGCUCUGCUCUGGGUGGGUGGUACAUUUCUAAGUAACAUCCACAUGAAUGCCAGGUCUAAAAGUUUCCUGCUAAUCUCCUCGUAAUUCUGCAGAAUGACCAAAAAAACAAAAAACCAAAAAAAAAAAAACACAGAUGGUGUCCAAAGUAAAUUCUAAUGCAAAACCUUUUACUCAGAAAUGAAAAUUCAUUCCCCAAACACAGUUUUAAUGUUUGAUACAACACUGAAUUCCACACGGUUUAACACGUUGAGAGGGAAAACUUUAUUUAAAUUAAAACCAAAGCAAUCAUGAAGCAGUGAGAAAGCACUGCGACGGGAGGCUGCACACACACGCACACACACACACACGCCAAUAGGUACAGAACACCUCAGCUUGUGUCUGACAGCUAAAUAUAACACUUACAGCAGUGACACACAAGGAAACUCACACAACCAGAAAACUUCUGGGUCGAUUUUCCCUCAUUCCCUCAGUCAGCACUCUGCGCUUCUUAUUGCUGCUGGAAUCAUCCCGUUUCCUUUUGGGUCACCGCUUUCGUUUUUUUUUUUGUUUUUUUUUACACUUACCAGCAUGUCAUGAUCACAACAAAUACACACCUAUCUCACAUUACACAAAAGUGUUUUUUCCAUUCACCCUGCACGCAACCGCACAUCCAGACUUUUCUACCCUUUGGAUACUUUCAGCAUUUUUUUAUUUUAAUUCAUUAAAAUGUGUGAACCUAACUUAAGGACAAACCAACCGCAAACCCAUGCACGAGAAAAAGAAACUG